AUGGGUAAAGAUGAGAAAUUCAUUAAUGUUUGGGAUCUUCCCACUCCAUUAAUCAGAAGAAUAUUCGUUGAAGAUGCAAAGAUCUCAUUUCAAGAUUUAAAAGAACUUUAUCAUCUUGAUAUAAAAUUUGGUCCUGUUUUAGAAGCUUCAAUUGCUAUAGUGACUAAUGAUCUUGAUAUACCACAUAAGGCUAUGACAUCUAUUGAUGGGUUUGAAGCUCUACGAUUUGAUGUUUAUAAUACUGAGAACUUACAACAAAAUGACUUGAUGCACUAUUCUUUUAUUUAUUUUAUGGUUAAUCCAAGAAAAUUUGAUUCUAAAGAGGCAAUUAGUACAUUUUCAGAAACUAUACGUCCCUUGCCAAAGAUAAAGCAUAAAAUUCAAAUAUUCAACAAGGAUUUGGAUCAAAGAAUCUCAGUCCGUCAUGGUAGAUCAUUCUUACCUACUAAAAUGAGUGAUAUUUAUGAUUGGCCAGAAUUGAAAUGGUUGAGAACUUCUGACUUAACAAAAUGGGAUGAAUUUAGUUUUCACAAUGAGAAAAUAUGGUACAAUCAAAAUUUAAAUACCAUGUCUAGUGCUAAAAUCACAACGUUGAUAAUAAGAGAUACUUUUACGAAUGAUACUUAUGAUUAUCAUGAUUUCAAAAAUCUUUCAUUCCCCAAUUUACAAAAACUAAUAAUUGAAUUCCCAUCAUUUCCUAGAGAUGCUCUAAGCAAAGUAACAGAGAAGAGAGAUUAUUUCCAGUGUGAUGAUGCGUAUGAAGCUGUUUUCAAACCAACUAAACAAUCUUUCAAGCUAACAUUCAAUUCAUGCUUUUUCCCAAAGUUAACUAGUAUGAAAAUAAGUUCAAAUGCUAAAAUUCAAGGGAUUUUAAAUUGUGAUUUCUCAAGUUUACAAAGCUUAGAGUUUAGUAAUAAUUUUUUACUUUACAUCAAGAAUACAAAUUUCAAAAACCUAAAGAAAUUAGUUAUCAAUCCAACAAUAAAUAUUACCAAAACACAAUUAUUAGGUUCAAACCAAAUCCUAACAGAGGAUCAAUUUGAUAUAAAUUUAGAAGGUAUAAUAGAACCAUUUUGUGAGAAAUUCAACAUAAAGGAAGAUAGAAUAACAAGAUUUCCUUCAAUGUUCUUAGAUAACGUUACAUUAAGCUCUUUAAAAUCAUUACAAGUUCCACAUGUCAACUCCAUUUUGAGUGCAGAAUUUACAGAAGAAUUUGAUGAUCAAUUAGAUGAAGUUGUCAUUGAACCAAGUCCGCCUAAAGAUUAUUCACUUGGUGCUAUUGCUAAUACUCCAACACAACCAGCUCUUAAAUUUGAUUUUUCAGCUUCGUCUAAUACUAAUGGGUCCACAACUAGUAAUGGUAAUACAGCUAAACCAGCUACAAGAACUAAUUGA